ACCGUUUGCGCGGUUCUGUCACUUCUCUUUUCACGUCAUUCUUUGGAAACAGGAAGCCUUUUGUGAUUUUCUCGUCGGGCACAACGCCGAGUGUACUAACUUGUGGCGCUUCUCGGGCUACGGCUGGCCGGCAUUUGAGCAUGUUCAGGAGCUGGCGACCCUUGGGCCUCGCGACGUCUAACAUUUGUGGUCUACCCUACGUGGACAGCGGCCUGUAGGAAAAGGCGACUUUGGUGCUCUCGGGGCGAGUCGAGUUUUAUAAACGGGGACGGUGCUGGCGUCCUGUUUGAACCCGGAAGACUCGUAAACACGAAGCAGCCACAAUGGAUCUCCCCCAGCUAACCGAAGAUGAAAUGGCUGAUAUUAAAAAAGAAGCUGUGGAACGGUUGAGGCCCUAUCUGUGUGACAAAAUCAUAGCUGAAAGGCAUUUUGAUUAUUUACGUGCCAAGAGGAUCCUAACUAGAGAAGACACAGAAGAAAUAAGCUGCAGAACAUCGAACAAAAAGAAAACUGGGAAAAUGCUAGAUUACCUGGCAGAGAAUCCAAGGGGUCUGGACGUACUAAUUGAAUCCAUUCAACAUGGAAAGAUCCAGAGAUUCAUUAUUGAAAAGAUAACCGAUGAAGUGCAGAAAGUUCGCAAUGAAAGGCUGGAAGCACUAAAAGCUGGAGCGUCCUGUAGCAGUUAUACACCUCCUCGGUACACAGGUGCCAUCAAUGAUUUAUCCAGAACACUGUCUGAUGCGCCCUUCUUUGACACUGGCAUAGACUCUACAUCACUAUACCACCCAGAAGGAGAGAGGAGUCCAGGCACAUCCACGGUGGUUUGCUUGAUGAAUUUACCAUCUAAUCCAGCACAGGAAAUGAAAAGCAGUACAUUAAGCAGCAACUGUCUUUCAUCUUCUACUGCCCUUCCAAAGCCCGGAGACCCUGGGGCUCCGGCACUUCCCGAUGAACUGCAGCCAGAACCAGAGGGAGCCUCUGGGAGCAGUACUAGCGAUGCCCAAUUUCAGCCUCUCCGGUCACGAUCGCUGUCCCCUCCUUAAAGAAUUUGACCCACUGUGUCCUUUACGUAAAACUUGAUUCCACGUUUUAUUCCUAUUGUUAACCGAGUGGUGUUUGCUCAUUUUAAUCUGCUUCUUUUGACAGACAUGGAGCUUCUGCAAUUUUAAUGAAAGAUGGGAUGUAAAGAAUGCAUUUAUUCACUCUCAAAAAGUAGAAUAAUUGCAUUUAUUCUUUGAAAGCCUAAACGAUACUUACAGUAUUUUACAUCCUAGUCCCCUGCUCACCUCCACUGUUCUAAGGUGUUUGAUAUUUGGGAGGUGCAACUUAGGCCUGUAGUUUAUUUUUCUCUUCUUUUCAAUGGUUUUAGGAUAACAUGAAAGAGGCUGGAGCUAUUUACAAAGGCACAUCUAGUGUCUAAUGAAAAUCGAAUUAUCGUUGCUACAGACUUUAAACAUUGAUACAUUACACUUUUAAAUAAUAAUGGAAACUUUAAGUGAGGGGUUUACACUGUGUGAUUUGUAGUAUUUUUAAUAAUGUAUUUUGUCAAACUAGCUAUUUUUGCUCUGACAACAAUGUAAAUGGCUGUUAUCCCAAAUAGCAUAUCCUGGGACUUUCAGCCUCUCUUUUCUCCAAGUCAGUGCAGUUUAUGUUACCAAAGUUGCAGACCAAGGGAGCUGAUUGGGGUCCCAGAAACAGCCCGGCAGGACCAAACUAAAAAUGUGUAACGCUCUGAGCUGCUCGGUGUACUUGGAAGGGUGUCCUGUAACAUACUAACAAUAGCACCAUCUGCUGUAAACCUUUUCAUAAACAGAAAUAUUUUGUUUGUUGCUAAAUGGUAUUAUAGACUUGGGGUAUGUCGAAAGAAUGGAGCGCAUUUUAUACUUUACCUACAGUUUUAAACAUUUUUAGAGGUUUAAAAGAUUAGAAAUUCUAUUGAGUGUUCUCUUUAAGAAGACUGAACAAAGGACUCUUUAAUAACAUAAUGCGUUCCAGAGACACACGACAAUUUCUAUUUUAUUAUUUUGAGACAAAAUAUUAAAGUGGUUUAUAGCAAAACUUAAAACCUGCAAUUUUCUUCUCAAAAAUACCUUAAAUUGAAGCCCAAUAACAGACCUAAUAAACCCCACUCCCAUAAUUUGAGAUUAAACAGUCCUAACUGAAUUUCUGUCCUGUUCACUUGACAGUUUCAUGAGAUGUCAUUAACGCCGUUGUGACAGCAUUAGGAAGGACACUCUCCUGACGUGAAGACAGCGGGUUUCUCUUCUUUCACUGUGACAAAGGUUUGUUCUGCUUUACCCUUUUGCCUGAUGCCUGUCCUAAGUGCGGUUCACUCUCGGCAUCUGCACUGCAUUUGAAAUGCUUUUAUAAUCUUAAAAACUUGGAGGAAAGCUGCUGUUGAAGGCAGGCAAAGCCUGACUGCUAUAGAGAGGACAUAAACGUUCUGUCAUCCUAUUGAUGGUAUACUAAGAGACAAAAAAGACAAAUAAAUGUAAAAUGAUCUCGCAUGUAAAUAAAAGUGAGAGUAUUAUUUAAUAAAGAUUAAGGCACUAACACUGUAAACAUCAGCAUAGGUCUCACGUUUUAAGAUUUAUUUAUUAUGAAUCACAGCCCAGAGCAUUAUCCAGAGAUGGUAAUACCCAUAGAUAGAUGUUUACGGUGUUUCAGAAGAUGGACAAGACCAAACGUCAAUUUUGGCCAAAACCGAAACUCAGCCAGUUUAAUUAAAUGUAGCCAUUUUUUGUCACAAAACCAAACUUCAGUUGGUUUCUAAUCUUGAAAUUCUAAAAUUUGAUCAGAGAUAAUUAUUGCUAGAUAGAUAUAUAUACACUGAAAAAAGAUCUGUUGACAGCUGAUACAGAAGCAAAUUCUGUCGUAAUGAUUUUGAGUAUAACACACUGAGCAGUGAGUGUUUGAAACCAAAAUGCAUAAAAGUUUAAUUUUGUAAGCUCAGUUUCCUGAACACACAUCAUCUGCUGUUGGUUUGGACCCACUGAUGCCAGUCCAGCUUAGCAUCUUCUGUUAAGCAGUUGUGGUGCGACUCCUUAAAGUUAACAGCCCAAGCAGAAAUUGAGGUGGGCUCUGCUUUACAGAAUGUUAGCACUGCCACCUUGUCCUCUUUCGUAACUUAAAUAAAGGAGAAACAUAAAUUAAAUUUGACUUUGCAAAACCAGUUUUCAUUUGAAGACAGACUGUAUGCUCUUUUAGCAAAUGGCACUGCACAAUAAUUGGAAAAAUCAACAUGUUAGCGACUUUAAAAAGCUCACUUCAUUUCUGACAGGAGGCAGGAGGUUUGCUAGUAUAAGUAUACAGUAAUUAGAUCGUCUACCAUAGAUUUGACAUCAUGUGCAUUGUUUUCAGUGAUGCCAGUAAAUGGUAAUAUCAAGAAGCUGCAAUUUGCCACAAUACCUAAGAAAACGGAUGACUUCUAUUAUCGGCCCUCUUAUGUGCUACUAUAUUCUUUGUUUGUUAACAGAAUUAGACAGAUGUUGUACACGAUUUCUCUGAUGUGUCUCUUUAUACAUUAUUGCCUUCGUUUUUACUGUUGUACAUGCUUCCUUACAUUUGUGUUCAAAGAUAUUUUACAUUUUCUAAAAUUAAAAUAGUGUAGGAAAAAAAAUAAUGCAAAGAGCACCAUACAUUAAAGUGAAUUAUGUUGUUUUUCCAGUGUGUACGUUUUAGAUAAUUAUGUUGUCUUAGAGUACAUUGUGCUCUGUGAAAUGAUUGAACUUUGUGCAUCACUUACAUACAAUAACUAAAGGUUGUCGCAUAGCCAGUAUAUUUUUAUUCCUGGAAAUUCGGUACCCUUCUCAGUGACGGAUGUUUGCUGCUGUUAUACAGCUGUCAGCUUCACUUCCUUUUCAUACAUGCAGAACUCGGUGGGUCUGUAUCAUACACUUAGUAGAAAAUGGAUUCUAGGUUGCUGAUAUUUUGUUGCCCUUCCUAUUGAUGUGUAAAGUCAUUUUACUAAAAAGGUUGACAGCAUAUGACAAUAACACUUGUACAAUGGCCCUUCUGAUCUGCAAGGUACUAAUUGUCUGUAUUACUUUCUGUGACAUAGAGUAUAUUUUUAAACAAAAAAAAAUCACUACUUUUUAUUUUAUGUUUGUGCCAUACAGCUAACAUAUACAGUGUAAAGAAAUGGCAUGUCUUACGUUAGCUGAAGCUCUGAAAAGCUAAAAAGGUGAAACUUCGACAACUGAGAUUACUGAUGAAUGUAUUAUUAAAAUAUAUUAUUAAAUAGUUUGUAUUUCUUAAUGAUGGUGGAAUGUCAUUUGCCACUUUUGAUAUCCUUUUACUAAAAUAAAACGUUUUUUCACCU